AAGGAGAACCAACUUAGAUAAGGCAAUCGAGGUUAUACGGAAGCUGUUUUUGGUAAUUAUAUAAAGAAAGAGUAAUAAGAAUAGUCUGUUUGUUGCUGAUCCAAAGACUGUCAACAUGACGUCUACGUUUGUGUUCUAUUUAAUUCUGUUUGAAGUUCUUCUGGUCAAGUCAACAACAGACUACUCCUGGCGCGACUACGACGGAGAUAUCCCUGAAGAUGCUGUAGUUGGUGGUUACGACAAUAUCGAUACACCUAUCUACAUUGGCCGUAGAUAUACCAAACGCCAAGGUUUCAUUGUCACCGAAAUAUACCCAGGUCAAAUGAACAUAUUCAACAAUACAGUAGGAGAAAACGAUUUUGAAAUUUUGUGUAAUCCUCGGGAUCAUUUUUACUGGCUGCCAGCAAAUCGUACCCAGAUGAAGCAUUUAUAUUUAGAAAAGAAACCGUUGGUGAUUGUUGGUAAUGACUACAGAGGCGAGAAAGAUGUUGUUGGAAGGAUCAAGUGCGACUUUGGAUUCUGUAUUGGGAAAAUUCGUGGGAAUGGAACGUUCCGCUUUUACGGAGAGGAUAGAGACGGACGUGAACUAACCGCCGACUCGUUCGAAGUUCUUGUAAACGAAAAAAAAGAACCCAAUGGUUCAGAAAGUAGUCUAAUUUUGACUUUUCCCCAUAGUGUUGGUUUUGUACUUUGUGUAUUAUUUUCAUUUAUAUUUUCAUAAGAUGAAGUAGAGGCCAGCUGUGUUUUAUUUAGUAAUUCAAACCAUCAUAUCAGCCCAACAGAAAAAAUAUCAGAAAUAAGAAAGUUUUAAUUGG